AGCGAGGCCGGGCCGGGCCGGGCCGAGGAGUCGUUUCCAAGAUGGCGCCGUGCGGACGUGUCCGGGCCGGGAGCCGCGGGCCGGGCCUCUUCCUCGUCCUGCUGCUCGCGGCUCUCGGGCCGGCCGGCGCGCAGCAGGGGGCGGGUGGCGUCGCCGGCUUCCCGGGGGCCGCGCUGCAGCCUCAGCAGGCGGCGGGCCUUGGGGCCCAGCAGCCGCCUCAGCCGGCGCUGGCGGGGGCCGCCCCGGGCGGGGGUGUCGGGCGGCCGCCUCGCGCGGGAGCCCCCCCGGGCGGCGGCUGGAAGCUGGCGGACGAGCCGGCCUGCCGCGAGGACGUGACCCGCGUCUGCCCCAAGCACAGCUGGCCCAACAACCUGGCCGUCCUCGAGUGCCUGCAGGACGUACGGGAGACGGACAAUGAAAUUUCAUCAGACUGCAACCAUCUAUUAUGGAAUUAUAAGUUUAACCUGACUACAGACCCAAAAUUCGAAUCGGUGGCCAGAGAGGUCUGCAAGUCUACUAUAUCAGAGAUCAAAGAGUGUGCCGAUGAGAUUGAUGGGAAAGGCUACUUGGUGUCCUGCUUGGUAGAUCACAGAGGAAACAUCACCGAAUACCAGUGUCACCAGUACAUCACCAAAAUGACAGCGAUAAUUUUCAGCGACUACCGCCUGAUCUGUGGUUUCAUGGAUGACUGCAGGAAUGAUAUUAACAACCUGAAAUGUGGUAGCAUUCGACUUGCGGAAAAGGAUGCCCAUUCCCAAGGUGAAGUGGUGGCCUGCUUGGAGAAAGGCCUGGUGAAAGAGGCAGAGGAGAAUGAUCCCCGAAUGCUGGUCUCAGAUCAGUGCAAGAAAGCCAUUCUCCGUGUAGCUGAGCUCUCCUCCGAUGACUUCCACUUGGAUCGACACCUCUAUUUCGCUUGCCGAGAUGAUCGGGAACGCUUCUGUGAAAACACUCAGGCUGGAGAAGGCAGGGUAUACAAGUGCCUCUUUAACCACAAGUUUGAAGAUGCUAUGAGUGAAAAGUGUCGUGAUGCAUUGACAACCCGGCAGAAACUGAUUGCACAGGAUUACAAAGUUAGCUAUUCUCUGGCAAAGUCUUGUAAAAGUGACCUCAAGAAGUAUCGUUGCAAUGUAGAGAAUCUUCCACGUUCCCGAGAAGCCCGGCUCUCCUACCUGCUCAUGUGUUUGGAGUCUGCUGUGCACAGAGGUCGGCAGGUGAGCAGUGAAUGCCAGGGGGAAAUGCUGGAUUACCGGCGCAUGUUGAUGGAGGAUUUCUCACUGAGUCCGGAGAUCAUCCUAGGCUGCCGCACUGAGAUCGAGCACCACUGCUCAGGGCUGCAUCGGAAAGGCCGCACUCUGCACUGCCUGAUGAAAGUGGUGCGAGGAGAGAAGGGGAAUGUGGGACCCAACUGUCAGCAGUCGCUUCAAACUCUAAUCCAGGAGGCUGACCCUGGUGCCGAUUACCGCAUCGACCGCGCUUUGAACGAGGCUUGUGAAUCCGUGAUACAAACCGCCUGCAAACACAUCCGUGCAGGAGACCCCAUGAUUCUGUCUUGCCUCAUGGAGCACCUGUACACGGAGAAGAUGGUGGAGGAUUGUGAGCACAGGCUCCUGGAGCUCCAGUAUUUUAUCUCACGGGACUGGAAAUUGGAUCCCGUCCUCUACCGCAAGUGCCAGGGAGAUGCGUCUCGACUUUGUCACACGCACGGCUGGAACGAAACAAGUGAGAUGAUUCCUCCUGGGGCCAUCUUCUCUUGCCUGUACAGACAUGCCUACCGCACUGAGGAGCAGGGGAGAAGGCUGUCCCGUGAAUGCAGAGCAGAAGUACAGCGGAUUCUGCACCAGCGUGCCAUGGAUGUGAAACUGGACCCAGCGCUCCAGGACAAGUGCAUGAUAGAUCUGGGGAAGUGGUGCAGUGAGAAAACAGAGACAGGACAGGAACUUGAGUGCCUCCAGGACCAUCUAGAUGAUUUGGUGGCUGAUUGUAAAGACAUUGUUGGAAACCUUACAGAACUGGAAUCCGAGGAUAUCCAGAUUGAAGCUUUGCUGAUGCGUGCAUGUGAGCCAAUCAUCCAGACCUUCUGCCACGAAGUGGCAGACAACCAGAUUGACUCAGGGGACCUCAUGGAGUGCCUAAUUCAGAACAAACAUCAGAAGGAGAUGAAUGAGAAGUGUGCAGUGGGCGUCACGCACUUCCAGCUGCUUCAGAUGAAGGAUUUCAGAUUCUCUUACAAAUUUAAAAUGGCCUGCAAAGAGGAUGUACUGAAGCUUUGCGCCAACAUCAAGAAGAAGGUGGAUGUGGUCAUCUGCCUGAGCACCACUGUGCGCAAUGACACCCUGCAGGAUGGAAAGGAGCAUCGGGUCUCGGUGAAGUGCCGCAAGCAGCUACGUGUUGAAGAACUGGAAAUGACUGAGGAUAUCCGUCUAGAACCAGACCUUUACGAAACUUGCAAAACAGACAUCAAGAACUACUGCCAGAACGUUCCCUAUGGCAAUGCCCAGAUUAUUGAGUGCCUGAAGGAAAACAAGAAGCAGCUCAGCUCCCGCUGUCACCAGAAGGUCUUCAGGCUGCAGGAGACAGAGAUGAUGGACCCGGAACUGGACUACACCCUCAUGCGAGUUUGCAAGCAGAUGAUCAAGAGAUUCUGCCCUGAAGCAGAAGCAAAGCACAUGCUUCAGUGUUUGAAGCAGAACAAGAACAGCGAGUUGAUGGAUCCCAAAUGCAAACAAAUGAUCACCAAGCGCCAGAUCACACAGAACACAGAUUACCGCCUGAACCCGGUGCUCAGGAAGGCCUGCAAAGCAGACAUCCCGAAAUUUUGUCAGAGCAUUUUGAACAAGGCCAAGGACGACUCGGAGCUGGAAGGGCAGGUCAUAUCCUGCUUAAAGCUGAAAUAUGCCGACCAGCGUCUCUCUCCUGACUGUGAAGAUCAGAUUCGAGUGAUCAUUGAGGAAUCGGCUCUUGAUUACCGGUUAGAUCCUCAGCUGCAGAUGCACUGCUCAGAUGAGAUUUCCACCUUGUGCGCAGAGGAAGCAGCAGCCCAGGAGCAGACAGGGCAAGUGGAAGAAUGUCUGAAAGUGAACCUGUUAAAAAUUAAAGUGGAAAUGUGCAAAAAGGAGGUGCUCAACAUGCUGAAAGAGAGUAAAGCAGACAUCUUUGUGGACCCUGUCCUUCAUACAGCCUGUGCUCUUGACAUCAAGCAUCACUGUGCUGCCAUCCCGCCAGGACGAGGACGACAAAUGUCCUGCCUAAUGGAGGCCUUGGAAGACAAGCGUGUGCGGUUACAGCCCGAGUGCAAGAAGCGCCUUAAUGAUCGAAUCGAGAUGUGGAGCUAUGCUGCAAAGGUUGCUCCAGCAGAAGGAUUUUCUGACCUUGCCAAGCAAGUGUUGACCUCUCCUUUCAAAAACUACAUCCUGUCAGUCAUCAGCGUGGGCAUCUGCAUCCUCUUCCUGGUUGGCCUGAUGUGUGGGCGCAUCACUAAGCGAGUGACACGAGAGCUGAAGGACAGGCCUCCAGAAUCGAGGGGGUGUGCUGGUCCUGCCCCCUCAUGUGUAUAUGCCGAAGGCCUCCGUGGACUGCAGCCACUGGAGGAAUCUCCACCUCCACCGCCCCCCCUCCUACUUCUGGAGUUAUUGAUCCUCUGAGAGGUGGGACUGAAAAGGGGCACGUGCCGUGGUUCCCCAAUUAGUGCUUUCCAAAGUGUCUAGUCUCCCAACGGAAAAAAAAAAUCACCUUUAAUGUUUUGUUGAUCCGUCAGCGAAUUGAAUCAAGAAGCUUCUCUUGAGUACUAGCUUCCUGGGAAUAAUUGUGACAACUGAUAAUAUUGCAUCGACCACCAUCCAGAAUUGGGGAGGGGAGGGGAGUGGAAGACCAGUAGCUGCUCCUAAGCUAAUCUGAAAAGCCCAAAUGAGGGAGGGAGCGAAGAAGAUAAAUGGCAGGGUGGUUGUCGCUGUUGGUCCUGUAGUGGGAUAUGAAGAACAGACCUGGGCAGAUCUCAUUCAUUCCAAGAUAGAGGAAAGAGAGGGCCUUUCAUUGGCCCUUAUGCUUGGUGACUCAUGCUCUUGAAAUUGUGCUUCUAAGGGUGAGUAGGUCUCAUACUCGCCAGGAGAGUGCCCUACAGUAUAUUGCACAAGGAAGACUCUUCUGUGGUUUCCCUUCAAGCAACUACACUUGCCUCCCCCCAGUCCUGGGUAGAGUGUUCCAUCAGCAAAAGGACCAGAUGCUGCUUGGAAGCAGCAGCAGCGUUUAUUUCCGAAGCCACCUUGUUUUGUUUCAGUUGUUGGCAUGUAGUGACGCUUCUCAAGUGCAAACAGCAGAAGGCAGCAGGUCUGUGGCUGUGUGAACUGUGUGGGUGGUGCUUAUUUGUGCCUGCAGGUGCCUGAAAAGAGGCAGAGCCCUGAGCGGCUAGGAAAAGUCAGUACACUCCACGUGCCUCAGUUUACAGAGAUGACAAAGGGGCUCUUUGAAGCAGACCUCAGGUGCGCAGUUCCUGCAGCCUCAGCUCCCGGGAUGUCUCUGUGCAGUUUGGGGCUUCAUGUUCUGUUCCUCAAACAUUCCUUCUCACUGUAGAAAGGAGAGGGCUGGCCCUUCAGAUAGCGAAGUAUUCCCCCAUCUCCUGAGGCUUAUUGAACAGUUUAGUUAAAUAAAUGCACAGCAUCCCAGGUACUGCAUUUACAGCUUAGCAAAGGGGGAGCAAGACAGAGAAGUGCUGUUGCUUGAGGAAAGUAAAGAGGCUGUGCUCGGUGUCCCAUGGUUAUUGGGAGAAACGUUUUGCUUCCUAAAAAAAAAAAAAUUAAAAACCCUUUCGUGAUUCCCAUCUUUUAACACAUUGGCCUUUGGGUGUGUUAUCAAUAGCUCUGUCUGCUGUGCUGACCCUACACCUUUCACAGGAAAGGAAGCUUGCAUGUUAUGGGUGAACCCUGUGUGUGGGAGAGAAAUCAUUGGAAUUAGGGGAUCAGGCAUUGAUGCGUGCUGGCAAGAGAAAUGGGACAUUUGUGCAGUUUCUGCAUAGGGGCUGUCUUGGAGAGUGAUACUUUCCCUUAAAAAAACCCAGCAGCACUUAGAAGUGGCUUGCCUUGACUGUUGACUUCAUCACAUACACAAAAAAAUGAGCUACGUUCAAUAGCUUGACUGGGUAGACACGGAUUUUAGAUGUGUUGCUUCUCUUUUUUGUACAAAUGGGGGCCAAGCACACUUCUGCGAGUACAUUAAGAAUGUUUCUGGAAUAUGUCUAGCACCAAACAGGAGAGAGCCUUGAAAUUACCUUUAGAAAGAGUACCAUCUGGCAUGGAGGGAUUGAGAAUACCAGCCCUUGUUGGAUGGAAGGGCAUCUCCACCACUUAGCUUUCUCCUGCUAGUCUACCUAUACUAGCUGUAAUGGCAGGGAAAUUAGCCACUUCUGUGUCAUUUGUGGGUGUCCUGUGUGGAUACUGCACACUCAAUACUUGCAGGCGGCAAAUGCAUCCAUCUGGAGGACCCCCAGUAGUUGCCGAGGGUGCAUUUCCCCUUCAGGGAUAUUUUUUUGGGAACUCAUAAUUGCAGUGGCGACUGAUGGGAAGGGAUGGUGGCCUACACUGACACGCUUGUGCUUGAGGAAAGAGGCAUGUAGGCACACAGAUCAAUCUCAGGAUGGUAUCUAGGGGUUAGGUUCGAUGCCUCUCCUGCAGCUUGCAAAAGAAGCCCUAUGGGAAGAGUCAGUGGUAGAUCGUUCAGCAAACGUCGGCUGACCGUAGUCCUUUUUAAAAAAAUGUAACAUUAAUGAGAAUUCUUUUUUGUAAAUUGUUUUCCCUUUCUAUGUAUAAUACUCUUGGCCGUUCUUUGUUUUUACAUGUCCAUGCUGUGUAAUUUUUGAAUUGUUAACUGAGAAUCUGAACAUAAUGUGCAUUUUUUCUGUACAGAUGAAAUGGGAGAAUUUAAUAAUAAAAAAAAGAGGCUGCAGCUUU